AUGUCUUACCCGACCAGGCCGGCUUAUGUUCAUCUUGGGACUUGGGACGAUGAAACCCGCAAGCACCCUGCCAUGAAGUGGAUGGAAGAUUAUACCCUCUUCUUCAACAAGCGUGGAGACUGGAGCCAAGAAGAAUGUGACUGGUUCUCUGCCGACGCCACUCUCGUCAAACCCGACGGCUCAGUGCACACCGGCAACGCCCAGGCAUUCAGUGAAGCCAAGGGGAUGUACGGCGCGUUCACCCAGGAGUUCCAUGAGCCCUACUUCCUUGUGUGCUUCGAGACGGACGACGGCUGGGAGAUGAUUGGCCAAGCCCACUUGUUCGCCAACUGCCAGGGAACGCCGACGGCGCAGGAGAAGAAGGUCAAGGACCUGCAGGGGAGGGAAUGGGACGUCAAGAUCCCUGGAGGCUUUCACUUCUUCUACAAGAAGCAGGCGGGGGCGCCCCAUGACGGAAUCGUGUUGAAGAGGACGGAGAUCAUGAGCGAUUCUUUGCCAGCAGUGCAGAUCCUCAUGGCGAGAGGUGUCCUGAAGCUGUGA